CAGCGAACCCGAAACACAGAGUGUGAUCGAUCGGAAGUGUGAUACUGAGCAAACGGCCAGACAGAUGCCGCACGUGAAUUGCUCUUUAAAUCAAGUACAAUAAGUGCUCAUGACUUGUUCUGUCGCAUGCGUUGUGUGCUUUGUUCGUCAAAGCUCAUGUUUGCUCAAUUGUUUCCGAAAGCGGAAGUUUCGCGCUCGCCUCAGAAGUCUGGCCAGCGUCGCGACGACAGCAUUCUUUCGAGGACCUGGAUGCCAAAUGGCAGUCCUUCGAUAUUAUAAUGCGCGGACUAUACUGGGAGUCUUGGUCACUGCUUCUCCCCUUUGCGGCGCUCCGAAUCUGGUCAAGAGCGUGCCUCUACUAAAAAUACAUUCCAUGUCUGCCAUUUGACUGGCCCCUUCGUCAACUUUUUCGUGCCAAUCCCGAUCCAGAGUAACAGAUGCGGUUUGGUGGUCAUUUCGCAGGAAGAUAUCGUUUCGUUUCGCGUUUACUUUUGACCUGCCUGUACCUGGCCUGUUUGACGG